AUGCCGGCCAUCUUACAACUCCGAUUGACCACUCUUCUCCCGCAAGCGCGACGUUUCACGCGCCCUGCUUUCCGACUACCGAUUCUCCCUUCCAAUGCUUUUAUCCGCCUUUCCUCGACCCUCCCAGCUGCCCGAAAGCUGGAUCUGGUAGAUCUUGACAAGAAAUGGCAAGCUAAAUGGCAGUUAGAUGCCGCUAUGACGCAAGCGAAAGCUGAACUAGGUCCCGAAUCGAAACCGAAAUCCUACAUCCUCUCUAUGUUUCCCUACCCUUCAGGUACCUUACACAUGGGCCAUCUGCGGGUAUAUACGAUCUCUGAUGUCAUAUCACGAUUUUAUAAAAUGCGCGGGCAUGAUGUCUUGCACCCCAUGGGCUGGGAUGCCUUCGGGCUGCCGGCGGAGAAUGCGGCGAUUGAGCGCGGCGUGGAUCCAGCGGUGUGGACGGAGCAGAACAUUGCGAAGAUGAAGGAGCAGCUGCGAAAAGUUUCGGUCGAAUUCGAUUGGGAUAGAGAAUUGGCUACUUGUGACCCGGACUUCUAUGAGCACACCCAAUGGAUAUUCUUGAUGCUAUACAAGAAGGGUCUGGCGUAUCAGGCAGAGGCGUUGGUCAACUAUGACCCUGUUGAUAAAACAGUCUUGGCAAAUGAACAAGUUGAUGCGAAUGGAUUCUCGUGGAGAUCGGGUGCGAAAGUUGAGAAACUCAAUCUGAAACAGUGGUUCUUCCGUAUUACUGCAUUCAAAGAGAUGCUGCUAAAAGACCUUGAUUCUCUAACUGGAGGCUGGCCAGAACGCGUCUUGUCUAUGCAACGCAAUUGGCUCGGAAAGUCUCAUGGAGCUAGGGUCACAUUCACGGUGGCCGCGGGCAGCCAGGAUGACAAAGGUGUCAACGUCAAUGUAUUUACGACACGUCCGGACACGCUGUACGGGGUUGAAUAUCUUGCUUUGUCACUGGACCACCCUAUAGUCACGAAGGCUGCCCAAAAUGACUUGGCCCUCCGCAAAUUCCUGGACGAGGCUUCUUCCCUCCCGCCAGACUCAAAGGCUGGCUACUGCUUGAAUGGCAUUGUAGCAUCCCAUCCUCUGCAAAGCAUCGACAGCACAAGCCAUCACCUGACAAGGAAGCUCCCUGUCUUUGUGGCGCCUUAUGUUUUAAGCGACUACGGGGAGGGGGCGGUUAUGGGUGUUCCUGGCCAUGAUUCUAGAGACAUGGCAUUCUUCAAGGAGAAUGUCAAUCCAGAAACUAUCUCUCUUGUCAUUCAACCAGAGCCAGUCAAUGCAAGGGGAAUUGAAGCCGCUGAUACUGUUAUUCCGGCUCGUGAAGCAAAAGCCUUCACACAGGAUGGAUUCCUCACCCCUCUCUGUGGGAAGUACAAAGGCCUUCACUCGAAAGACGCCGCCCAAAAAAUCGUUGCAGACCUCGAAGAAAUCAAAAAAGCAGAAUUCGUCGAGACCUGGCGGCUGCGAGACUGGCUGAUAAGCCGGCAACGAUAUUGGGGUGCUCCCAUCCCCAUCAUUCAUUGCGGUGAUUGUGGUCCUGUUCCUGUCCCUGUAGAAGACUUGCCAGUGAAGCUGCCGAAGAUUGAGGGAGAGUGGCUGAAGGGAAAGAAGGGAAAUCCUUUAGAGUCUUCCGAGAAAUGGCUUCACACUAAAUGCCCCAGCUGCGGAGGCCCAGCAAAGCGCGAUACUGACACCAUGGAUACUUUCGUUGACUCUUCCUGGUACUAUCUACGCUUCCUUGAUCCUGCCAAUAAAGAAUCUCCCUUUUCAUCCCACCUUGCACGGCCAGUGAAUGUUUAUAUUGGUGGCGUGGAGCAUGCUAUCUUACAUCUUCUCUAUGCUCGAUUCAUCUACAAAUUCCUUGCACAGUCGGAUCUUUUCCCAGCCAUUGCCAACCCCGAGAAUUUGAAAGUACCUGCAGAGCCAUUUCAGACUCUUCUUUCCCAGGGUAUGGUACAUGGCAAGACUUUCACUGAGCCAUCAACGGGUCGAUUCCUCCUCCCAACCGAAGUGGAUAUUACCAGUCCCGAUAAACCAUUGAUUAAGGGCACCCAGGUCACCCCCAACGUUUCGUUCGAGAAAAUGUCCAAGAGCAAACACAAUGGUGUUGACCCCACUCUCUGUACUGCUAAAUAUGGUGCCGACGCUACUCGAGCGCACGUUCUCUUCUCCGCCCCAGUAAGCGAGGUGCUGGAAUGGGACGAGGCGAAGAUUGUUGGUAUUGAGCGCUGGCUCAGUCGCCUCUGGAAGCUAGUCUUUGAUGCGCAGCGUAACUUGGCUGAUUGCUCGUUCACCAUCCAAUCUGCCGACCUAGACUCGGCCGGCCAUGCUGUUUCAUUAUCUUCGGUCCAAGGUUUGAGCGAUUCGGACGCCGAUGCUAUUUUGGCUACGCAUAAUACAAUCGUUUCAGUCACUACGUGUAUCGAGAGCAACCCUUAUGGCUUGAACACAGUAAUUUCCGACCUCAUCAAACUUACGAAUACCCUGUCAUCGGCACCUCCAUCUUCACCUUUGGUUCUCUACUUGUCUAUCUCAUCUCUUCUCCGUAUGCUCGCCCCAAUCGCACCCGCGAUAGCGUCAGAAUCCUGGGAAGUGCUACACGAGUCACUCAAGGACCCUACUCCCUCGGCUCCUACCCCGUCCAUACACGCAUCACCAUGGCCUACCUCUAUUCUCACUAAUGAACAAUGCGAUGCUAUUUCUGCCCGCGGUGGUCAAACGGUAGCUGUCCAAAUAAACGGAAAGCUACGAUGUGCGGUCACUAUUCCUCAUAUGCCUGAAAAGACCACAACACCCCAGGGCAAAGGGCAGACGCAAGAGGAGCAAGAAUGGAUCAUCAGUCGGAUUUUGGAAACAGCUGAAGGCAAAGUUUGGCUCCAGGAGAAGAAUGACUGGGGAAAGAGGAAGCGAGUCAUUAUUGUGAAAGGUGGGAAACUGGUGAAUGUGGUAUUCUGA